AAAUAACUCAACAAGUGUAAAUAAGAAUGUACUCCAGCAAUCAAAAGACACCAACUAGAAAAAACCUAAAGUCAACACUCAGCGCAGAAGAUGGUAAAAUAAAGAGAAUGGAUAAACAAUCAUCUCUCAGAAAGAAGAUGAGAGAUGAACUCUUGCAAAAGAGAAGAAAGGAAAACACAACAGGCGCAACAAUUCACGAUCCUCUCAUCCAAGAAAAACUUAACCAACUUCCACUCCUUCUCGAACAAGUCAAGUCUGGUAAUCCAACACUCCAAUUAGAAGCUACCGUUCAAUUCAGAAAACUCUUGUCCAUGGAAAAGAGUCCACCUAUCGAUGAAGUUAUUUCUACUGGUGUUGUCCCAAUCUUUGUUGAAUUUUUGCAAAGAGUCGACCACGCUGCCCUCCAAUUUGAAGCCUGUUGGGCCCUCACAAACAUUGCUUCAGGUACCUCCGAACAUACUGAAACAGUCAUUAGAAGCAAUGCUGUUCCAAUCUUUAUUCAACUUCUCGGAUGUCCAAAUGAUGAUGUUAGAGAACAAUCUAUCUGGGCUUUGGGUAAUAUUGCUGGUGAUUCUGCUAAAUGUAGAGAUUAUAUUUUACAAAUGGGAGUUAUGGUUCCAUUGUUGUCUAUCAUUUCUGAACAACCAAAAGUUACAAUUCUCAGAAAUGCUACAUGGACUGUUUCCAACCUUUGUAGAGGUAAACCAAUCCCUGAUUUUAAUCUUGUUGCUCCAGCCUUGCCAACUUUGGCUCAUCUCUUAUACAACUCUGACGAAGAAGUUCUUACUGACGCUUGUUGGGCAAUUUCAUACCUCUCAGACGGUCCAAACAAUAGAAUUCAAGCUGUUAUUGAUUCAAAUGUUGUUAGAAGACUUGUUGAAUUACUUAUGCAUCCACAACCAUCCGUUCAAACACCAGCCUUGAGAACUAUUGGUAAUAUUGUUACUGGUAAUGAUCAACAAACACAAGUCGUUUUGAAUUGUGGCGCUCUUCCAUCUUUGUGUCAACUUCUUCAACAUCAAAAGAAGAGUAUUAAGAAGGAAGCUUGUUGGACAAUUUCUAACAUUACUGCCGGAAACAAGGAUCAAAUUCAAACAAUUAUUGAUGCUAAUAUUAUUCCACCUUUGGUGGCAAUCUUGGAUCAACCAGGUGAUUUUGACGUUAAGAAGGAAGCUGCUUGGGCUAUUUCUAACGCUACAUCAGGAGGUUCAGAUGAACAAAUAAGAUAUUUAGUAGAUAGAGGUUGUAUUAAACCACUUUGCGAAUUACUCUCAGUCAAGGAUGUCAAGGUUGUUGGCGUUGCUUUGGAAGGUAUUGAAAAUAUUUUAGCUUCUGGUUCAAGCAUUGCUGAUGAUAUUGAUGGUAUCAAUCCAUACACAGACUUUAUUGAAGAAGCCGGAGGUGUUGAUAAACUUGAAAGUUUGACAGAUCACGCUAGUGAAGAAAUUUAUAAGAAGGCAUACAAGAUUGUAGAAGAAUACUUUGGUCUUGAUGAUGAUGAUGAGGAACCACAAACCACACAAAAUAAUCAAUUCGUGUUUACUGGUAUGCAACAAAACAACACCAACUUUAACUUUGAAUAAUUCAACACUUUUUAAUUGGUUAACACAAACAACCAAUUAACAUCAUCACUAAUACCACACUUUCCACAACAUCAACCCCAUCCAAUUCACCACUUCCACAAAAUUCCAAUUUUGACACUCCACCACAAUAAAACUCACAACCACACCACAUGUGAAGAUGAUUAGGCAAACAGAUUGAAUAACACAUAAUCACAACACAUACACCUACAAUAAAAAAACUCAAAAAUUCAAAUAACACACAAAUACUUUUUGAAAAUAAAGUUGGUAAGUACAAUUCCAAAGCUGGAAUUUUAGUUGAAAUAAAAAAGCUCAACAAUUUUAAUAU